AUGAUUUCGGUUAAGUGUACACUCAUAAUUCUAACAAUUUACUUUGCGACAGGUCAUGCUAUACCUCGAUUCGCUAACUAUAUUCAAGAUCAUAUGGUAUUACAGCGAGCUCCACAACGAGCGGUGAUUUGGGGAUUUGGAGACGCUAGUAAAUUAACAACACUUCGAAUGAAGAAUCAGAUUUAUACAACGGUCAGUCGAUCGGAAUCAGCCAAUGACUUGGGGGAAUCCAUCUGGUCGGUUACAUUAGAUCCUGUUAGUGAUGAAGGUCCUUAUGAUAUUCAUGUGUCACAACCGUUAGCAAAUGGCACACUUGUUACCAUCGUUCUCCACGAUGUCUUGUUCGGCGAUGUUUGGAUAUGUUCAGGUCAAUCGAAUAUGCAAAUGGCUGUCACCGACAUAUUUAACGCCACAGAAGAAAUCAACACUGCUGGCAAUUAUCCAAAAAUUCGAGUUUUUACUGCAGCUUUGAAACCAUCAGACACGCCCAUCGAAGAACUACUUGGUAUUGUAGAGAACUGGUCCGUCGCAUCAGCACAAAGUAUUGGUGGACCAAGUUUCACUUACAUGUCAGCUGUUUGCUGGCUAUAUGGUCGUCACAUUCAUGAAGCAUUGGGUGGUCGACCUAUUGGUCUUAUAGCAACCAGUUGGGGUGGCACAGCCAUUGAAUUAUGGAUGCCACCGCAGGCCUUGCAAGAAUGCGGUAUUUCAGCAAAUGAAAAAGUGCCAUUGCAACCCGAGGGUAAAUCGACAGAAAUGAUAUCCUUAAGUAAUUCAAAUCUAUUCAAUGCCAUGAUCUAUCCAUUUACACGCAUGGUUGUGUACGGUUCGAUUUGGUAUCAAGGUGAAGCAAAUGCUGGUUAUAACACGGAUAAAUAUAAUUGUACAUUUGCAAAAAUGAUUGAGUCUUGGAGACAAACAUGGAAUCAACGCACAAAUGGUAUUACAGAUGUACAGUUUCCAUUCGGCUUUGUUCAACUAUCUACAUGGACAAAUACAAGCACGACGGUUGGUAACUUUCCAAUUAUUCGUUGGCAUCAAACGUUUGACGUCGGUUAUGUACCUAACAAGGUUGUGCCCAAAGUAUUCAUGGCGGUUGCUUUGGAUUUACGUGAUGAUCCUAAUGGCAUCCAUCCUCGAACCAAACAUGACGUUGGCUACCGUUUAUCGCGUGCGGGUUUAUCUGUUGCAUACAACCAACAAGUUGAAUAUCAAGGUCCUAUUGUAUCCAGUGUUGUCUACACGAGUGGUAGCAAAACAGUAAACAUCACCUACACCGGUGUACAAAACAUCGAACUACGAAAUCCAAAUGGCUUCGAAGUUUGCUGUCAAGGUAGUAGCUGUGCUCAAGACGGUUGGGAAGCAGCAAGUAUAGCGAGCAAAGAUGGAUUGACAAUUGUCGUCACUGUUUCACCGACGUGCGUCGGAAAACAACUUUAUGGAAUUCGUUAUCUCUGGCAUGAAACACCGUGUCCAUUCAAAGAAGCAGCUCUCUACAGUUACACAGAUCCUAAUCUACCUUCGCCACCAUACAUGAAAAUGUUCUAA